AUGGUUUAUGAAAUAUCAUAUAUUCCCGAUAAAAAACGAGGCUUAUGGACGACAUCCAAUGAUUUUAUAUAUGCUGGCAUUGCUUUGGCAUUUCGUUUGGAUUUUUUCUCCAUGUCCUGGUUUUUCACCAUACAAUAUCGGGAUACUGCUAUGAUACCAUCCUAUCUAAUAGCAUUGGUACUAUUUUCAAUACCAAUGAUGGUAAUACAAUCGUUUUUGGGUCAAUUUUCAACCAGCAGUUAUAUAUCAGCAUUUCGUUUAAUACCUUUAUUUAAAGGUGUUGGUUAUAUAGCAUUAGCUAUCAAUUUAUGUGUGCUCGCAUACUAUAGUAUUUUUGCGGUGGUACCUUUGGUCUAUAUGUUCGCCUCUAUGCAGCCCACCUUGCCCUGGAGUUGUGAAGGUUUGAAGAAAUGGGCCACUGACUUAACUGAGGAAGAAGAGAUCAAUCUGUGUAAUAUACAAUUUCAAAAUGCUUCAGCUGAUUUGGAUGGAAAUAAAACCUUAUUUAAAAAUCUUAAUCAUUAUAUACCAUCUGUAUUGUAUUUUAAAACUCUUUUCCAUGAUCAAAAUUUAUUCAGAUAUGACUCUAUGGAGUUCACAAUAUCCUGGCAAUUGGUUUUGUAUUCCAUUUUAGUUUGGACCAUAGUUGCAGUUAUAAUUUAUAAAUUGUUUGAUACCGAAAAGCUAGGUCAAUUAAUUCGUUAUUCUGUAUGGAUUUUCGUUGGUUUAUUGGUCAUAUGUUUAACACGCUUCAGUUUUCUGCCUGGAGCCGGUUCCGUUUAUCAAAGGGUUUUUGCGCCAAAUUUUUGGGAUUAUAAAUCUAGUCUCAACAUGAUCCCAAUAUAUGGCUUAUCCGCCUCUGGCCCUGGUUGGGGUUUAAUAAUAACACUUUCAAGUUUUAAUAAAUUCAAAACAAACAUCAAGAAAUCAAGUUGGAUAAUUUGCUUGGGGCAAAUGUUUGUAAUUGUGGCACUAAGUUUAUUGACCCAUUUAACGGAAAGAUACUUUAAAGUAACAACUGAUAACAACUAUUAUUCACGUGUGGAGCGUGUUUCGUCUUUAUAUUUAGCCAGUGGCAGCGUUAUGACUCACAUGUUAUGGCCCAACUUAUGGUCUAUAUUAUACUAUUUCAUGAUGUUUUUGGGAGCUCUAUUAUUAAUUAUUAUACAAUUAAUUUCAAUUUUGACUACAAUAUUUGAUGAAUUUGCCACGUUGAGAAAACGUAAGAUGGAAAUUUGUAUGAUGAUUACCGCUGUCAUAGGAUUAUGUUCACUGUAUUUCACCUCAAAUCAUGGAAUUACCCAUUUUAACUCUCUCUCAGCGGGUUCCUACAUUACACAAAUCGCCCUAAAUCUAUUGUUGAUUCUAAUUGUUCUUUGGAUAUAUGGUCGCACCAAGUUGCAGCGUGACAUCAAAUUCAUGACAAAUAAACAUUUCUCAACCUGGCAAAUAAACAGUUUGAGAUUUGUGGUUCCACUGUUUAUGGCAUUUUCGUUGCAAACUGCUAUAUCAGUAGCAUCUCAUGAAUAUGAUAUCGCUGUUCCUGGUAUUCAGUUAAUUUCCAUGAUUUUUGUUGGUUUGCCCUGGAUGUUUAUUCCUCUAUAUGUCAUACGUUUCAUGUGUCAGAGUAUCGGUACAAUAAAACAACGCUUUCUGCGUUGUUGUCGCCCCAACGACUGGUAUCCGGUUGAUGCUGAGGAGCAGCAACGUUACGAGGAAGCAUUUGUCUUAACGCAUCAACUAAAUCAGCGGUCGGCAAUCAUGGCAACCAGUGGCCGCAUACUCAUACAAAUUAUCAAAUAA